AUGCCUGAUUCAGGCAGGUGCCUCAAGGCGCUCUGGUUGGGCACGGUACUCUGGCGCAUAGCACGUACCCACACGGCGUUCCAUGCGAAGAGCGCGCACCACGUGAACUUGUUCGAGGAUGUAUCCUCCCUAUCUCAUGGGGACUGCUUUGCAAGCGGUGAAAUACUUGCACCGUGGAGUAACCUUCUUCAGACGGUGCAGCUUGCUCGAUAUGCGCGGUCCUCUGCCUCGUUCCUGCGAUUGGCUGCUCUGGUGUCAACCGAGGCAAUUAGCCUUCGCGAGCUCCAGAGUAGUAUCAAACCGACAGAUGGGCGUCCCCCCACGAUGAAGACUGGUUGGUACCCGAAUAUCUCAGGACAACAUUACGCACACAAGAAUGUUUUUGGCCCUUUCGGUGGGCCGGGCUGGCAUCAUAAUACAAGGACAAGCCUCUCGCCCGCGAUUCAAUCGCAGAAAAGUGGCAGCCGGGCCCUACACGCCGCCGAGUACGGUCGUUCUCGCGGCGCCGCAGGGUGGGCGUAUGGAUUGCCCAUUCUGGAGCCUGUCCUGGAUCGCCUGUUACCUGCCAGUGUCGUUGCACUACGACAGGGUGGCCCUCUGACAACUGCAAGCGUCACUCCUGCUCUUGGGAUCGUGAAGAGCUUCCAGUUUGGCAUAGCAGAAUUCUUUCCUUGGUCUCCCUUGGCUGUUACGAACUCGCAGCCUCAAAAAUGUAUUGCUGUCGACUCUGACCCGAAAAUUUUGCUGCCAAAUUGCCCUUCUUCGGCUGAGCACCAGGAUCUGCCCACGAUGCUGAACGCCGAUUGCCGCAACAUACCUUUGACGGCUCGUGCCUUGCGACUCAUGGAGCGUCCAUCAUACUCUAGUGGCUCCGGUGCUGAGGAGCUUCCUUAUACCUCCUUCGCGUCCACGGAUACUCAGCCACAUGUACCUUCCGGCCUUGCGUCAGGGAACGCCGGAGACCCGUAUUAUUCGCCAACAAGCGGCGUUCCCGUUCAAGCCCACGGGACGUCGCAAGCAAACAACUAUGCGGUGUCGGGCUAUCCGCCGCCUCCAAACUAUACUUAUGAUGUGCAGCCUGGCGUGUACGCACCUCAAGCAGGCUACGGUGCUCCGGGAGAAGCGUCGCAGAUGGCCCCGUACGCUGGUAGCAUGUACCACCCAGGACACGGAAACAAGGGUGGGCGGAUGGUAUCAGAUACAGGUCCCUAUUCCCAUACAACGGCUUCGGGAGGCUCGUCUCCUCCGUCUCGCACGAGCACACAGUUUGUGCCGACGCCAGCCCAGACCCUUCAGACCUACGGCUCAGGCGCUUCUGCGCCCAGCACUGGGAGCCGUGCUGCCUUUUUGCCCGCCGGUUCACGACAUGCUCGAUCCCAGUCCCUCACGACCAUCCAGAUACCAGAGCACCCCGCCGGCCUAGUCUUGGCGAUUGAUGUAAUCCUACCGCACUCGAGUACCGAUCCUGAGCGGUGA